CUUCACCACACCUUAUGGAAACAUCAUGUGUGACGUCAGCAGUUUUGGUCUUCUCCUCUCUCCUCCAAAGUUUAAAUAGUGACACCCAGUGAACAGGUGUCACAUCUCACUGGGAGCCAGUUAGGGACACCAGGACUCCACCAAACAGCCACGCUUGAGAAUAACACCAUCCCUUCGGCUGCUUCACCCUUCAUUCGGACUCAUAACAGGAAGAUCUAAAGACAUGGACAACAGCCUGGUGCUCACUGUCCUCUUCCUGGCUCUGUCCUGGAUGUCAGGGACCAGCGAUGCUACCAACUCAAGCUCGACGACAAACAACAUGACCACAAACAACAUGACGACAAACAACAUGAUGACAAACAACAUGACCACAAACAGCCCGACGUCAAACAACAUGACCACGGCGCCGCACAGCAUGACGACAAACAACAUGACGAUGCCGCCGCACAGCAUGACAACAAACAACAUGACGACGCCGCCGCACAGCAUGACAACAAACAACAUGACGAUGCUGCCGCACAGCAUGACGACAAACAACAUGACGAUGCCGCCGCACAGCAUGACGACAAACAACAUGACGACGCCGCCGCACAGCAUGACAACAAACAACAUGACGAUGCCGCCGCACAGCAUGACAACAAACAACAUGACGAUGCCGCCGCACAGCAUGACGACAAACAACAUGACGAUGCCGCCGCACAGCAUGACGACAAACAACAUGACGAUGCCGCCGCACAGCAUGACAACAAACAACAUGACGAUGCCGCCGCACAGCAUGACGACAAACAACAUGACGAUGCCGCCGCACAGCAUGACGACAAACAACAUGACGAUGCCGCCGCACAGCAUGACGACAAACAACAUGACGAUGCCGCCGCACAGCAUGACAACAAACAACAUGACGAUGCCGCCGCACAGCAUGACAACAAACAACAUGACGAUGCCGCCGCACAGCAUGACGACAAACAACAUGACGACGCCGCCGCACAGCAUGACAACAAACAACAUGACGAUGCCGCCGCACAGCAUGACGACAAACAACAUGACGACGCCGCCGCACAGCAUGACAACAAACAACAUGACGAUGCCGCCGCACAGCAUGACGACAAACAACAUGAACACAGCACCAUCAACUGCAAUAACAGCAGUAGCCACAACAACCAAUACAACACUGAUUACCAACACCACAGUGAUCGAUCUUGGGACGCCUGUUGGCCGGACCGGAUGUGGGACCCAACAGAUCUGUGGGUCUGAGCCCUCUGACUGUGACCCCUCAUCAUCUUCAUCGUGUUUCUUCGUUUCUGCCAAGCAGACGGACGGUCAGAACUUUGAGUUUUCCAUCUCAGGGGAGUCAAGUGGCUACAUCGCUGCCACGGUGUCAGCUGACACCACAGUGGGAGGAAACGACACAACCUACAUCUGUGCGAACAAUAAUGGCAAAGUGAAGUUCUUCAGCGCUCUCCUCGACAACGACAAGCUGACAGGGACAGAGCUGCCUGUGAACUCGGUGCAGGGCCGAGUCGAUGGAAACCUGAUCCAGUGCACGUUUGUUGCCACUUUGGACCUGACAACCACAAGAGCAGCAGCAACAAGCGCCUCACUGUCACUCUCCACCGGGACCUUUGACAGCACUUCUGGAUCUCUGGGAACCCCCGACACCAAAUUUAGGAGCAGAGUCGUAGACCUGAGCGAUUCUACUGCCACCAUCUCUAAUGAGCUUACCACCACGAACGCGACCACGACCGCCACCCCCGCUGUGACUGGACACGCCACCACGUUCCAGCAGUCACUGGUGCAAGUUCUGCUGAUCUCUAUGGGCGUAUUCACUAUGGCCCUGAUGUGAGCAACACAACACCUUCAGGAUUCAACACAACAAGAAACAUAACUUCUCAAUCUAAAUAUUGUAUUUACUGUACACAGUAUAUCCCACAUUAUAAGGAUCAUGCUGAAUUUGAAAUCCACUCACCGGAGGUGCAGGUAGGAGUGCUGGUGGGUGGUCAGUCUUCUGACUGCUUUCAGGUGUGUUGUAGAAUCUGAAAGAAAUAAGAGAAUACAUGUUGAAGUUUUGAAUUCAAGGUUAUGUGUAAUAUAUUUACCCCCUCCCCCCCACAACCUCUUUGUUAUUGAUGUUCUCUGUCUUUGUCACACACUAUGAUGCUAGAAAAUGGAUGAAAUAUGCUGUAUCAAACUUUCUAUUGUAAAUGUGUGUACUGUACAUGAUGCAAUAAUGAUUUCGAAAUGAAGCCUUCGGUGGCUGAUGUGUGUGAGUGUGUGCGUGUGUUUGUGUGGAAUAGCGAACGCAAAUGAGCCGUUGUGUAUUAGGAAUGCAAGUUACGAUACGAAAUGCUGCUGAUAAUUAAUUUAGCAGUUUGCAUAAUGUAAAAGAGUUUUUAUUGCCAUUUCUCAUUAAAGUUAUAUUUAAAACAA